AAAGUCUUUACGGCGAAGAAACAGAGCGCCGCCAUGAAAAGGGCUCUUCUUAUUUUCAACUGCCUUUUGUUGGCCGUCGGCAACUGCGGCGGUCCGUUGAUUAUGCGGUUAUAUUUCGUCCACGGCGGGAAGCGUGUGUGGCUUUCCAGCUGGCUGGAAACCGGUGGCUGGCCGAUGAUUUUCAUCCCGUUGAUAUUUAGUUACUUCCACCGCCGCCGUUCCGCCGCCCUGGAGUCAUCGGAAUCUGCCAACAAAACGAAGAUGAUUUUCAUGAAGCCGCGGCUGUUUUUGGCCUCCGCCGUCAUCGGCAUCAUCACCGGCUUCGACGAUUAUUUGUACGCUUACGGCGUGGCUCGGCUGCCGGUUUCAACUUCGGCAUUGAUUAUCGCCACCCAGCUUGCUUUCACAGCCGGUUUCGCUUACCUACUAGUGAAACAGAAAUUCACAUCUUAUUCGAUAAACGCCGUCGUUUUAAUAACAAUUGGAGGCGCGGUACUUGCAUUGCACACGAGUGGAGACCGCCCCGCCGGAGUUUCCACCAAACAGUACAUCGCCGGAUUCUUGAUGACGUUAGCCGCGGCGGCGUUGUACGGAUUCGUUCUGCCGCUUGUGGAAUUAACUUACAAAAAAUCCCGACAGCGAAUUACGUACACCUUAGUGCUGGAAAUUCAGCUGGUAUUGUCUUUCUUCGCCACCGUCGUCUGCACCGUCGGGAUGUUGGCCAACAACGAUUUUAAGGUGAUUCCUAGAGAAGCGGCAGAAUUUGGACUAGGGGAGACGGCAUACUACGUGGUAUUAGCAUGCAGCGCCAUAGCUUGGCAAGGGUUCUUCUUGGGAGCCAUCGGAGUUAUUUUCAGCUCGUCGUCUCUGUUUUCCGGCAUAGUAAUCGCAGUUCUAUUGCCGGUGACUGAGAUUCUAGCAGUAAUUAUAUUCAAGGAGAAGUUUAAGGCGGAGAAGGGAGUUUCUUUGGCUCUAAAUCUUUGGGGUUUUGUGUCUUAUUUCUAUGGUGAUAUUAAGAACAAUAAAACCAACAAUCUUCAGCUGCAACUCCACAAGACUGAAGCUACAGCUACUCAAAUUUCAAGUGUUUGACAUCCUUUUUAUGUAACUUUAUGCUUUAUGUUGGUAAAGAUGAUAUAAAGUAAUAAUAACUUUGUCGUCUAUUAAAAAGU